AUGCGAGGCCGCUCACCUGUGAUCCAGACUCAUAGUCAGGGUCCUGCGGAGGACAUUGAAGUCCCUCCCGCAACAUGCCCGAGGUGUUUGGGGACCACUUCCAUUGAACCGGAAGCCCCUAACUUGGCCACAAUGGCCUCUGAAGUGGCAGCUUUAAAAGAAGACAUUGCCCACUCGACUGCUGCAAUGCAGUUGGCAACUCAAAAUCUUAUGGAACAGCUUCAUAGGCUUUCCGAAUGUCAGACAGUGGCGGAUGAGUGCCUCGCACGAGCCUUAGAAGCCCUAGCACAUCACCCACUGCCUGAACAACCUCUCAUAGCACGAGCUACAAGAGAACGGUCCGGUGCCUCCAAUCCAAGUGCCAGCAACACCAAGGUCAACUUCUUGAAAGCAAAGGACGUACCCGAGUUUACGGGCAAAAGAAACCAAGACAUUGAAGAAUGGCUUAACAAAGUCCAACUUCUUCAAAACGUUAGCGUGACUUCAGAUGCCAGGAUGGUACAGCUCCUACCAGCCAUGACAGCCAAGAAAACCCCUGCUGACAUGUGGUUUUACACUCUGGAAGCCCAGGAAACUCGCUCAUGGACCUGGAAAAGGUGGAAAGAAGAACUGCUUUGA